CUGCCAGGCCUGCUGAGCUUUUCCAGCAACUUUUGUUUUUAUUCCUGAUUUACAGCAUCCGCAGUUCUAUCAGUACUUAAACAGCUCCCAUUCUUCGACGGAAUGGUAGAGAGACUAACUAAUGCCGAAAUGAAGUGUACAGGAAGGCCACACAAAUGGACAAAAUCCUUAACUUCAAUAGCAACCACCCCACCAUACGCAAACUCUGCAUUUAGGUGCUACUUAAACAAGCCGUAAUAUGUUGCAACAACCAAGAAAUCCGAAUACCCAAGAAGUUUCACCUACAAAACAAACAACAGUCAGAGAACAUAGUACAAAAGAAGACACCAGCAUCGCUACCAUACAUCACAAAUAUAUCAGGAAUGACAACCAGAGUACUGAGACCUCAUAAGAUUAUAUUGUACACAAAUCUACAUCAACACUACGUCAAAUGCUAUCAAAGACUAAAGACCCCAUACCAACAGCAAACAGGAUUAACGUGAUAUACAGAAUUAAAUGAAUCAAGUGUAAUGAAGAAACUGACGACCAGGAUGCACAAACACCAGCUGGUAGUAAAAGACGCGACCGAUAUUCACUUGUCUUGCUACACACAGCCAAUGAGGGCCAUCAGUUCAACUGGGACAAAGUGACUAUACUGGGACAAGCUAACAACAGACAUGCAAGGGAAUUUCUGGAAGCCUGGUUCUCAACACAGGACCCCAUUAACAACCACAUAGCAAUAGACACUGUGUAUACACCGCUGCUAAAAAACAGAACCGUAAGUGACAAGACCCACCAUGCCAGAGGAUCAUAUAUAAAUUCGGAACAGAACAAAACACCAAAGCUUUGAUUAGAGGUUGCACUGAUGACGUUGUCUAGAAUGGUCACGAAACAUCUGCACACCACAGAACAACCAGCUCAGCGAGUUAACAGGCAACUGCAUUCACAACCCGAGGGACAAGUUUUCGCUAAGACCGUCAAAAUAUUUCUAUAUGCUUUGCUAUUACAUCCUUUAUAAUACAGUCUAACAACUUCUCAAAAAUGGAGUGUUUGAGUUGUAAGGAGAGGCUAGGUAAGCUGAGACUUUUUCCAUUGGAGAAAGGAGGUUGAGGGGUGACCUUAAAGAGGUGUAUAAAACCAUGAGGAGGAUAGGUAAGGUGAAUGGCAGACGUCUCUUCCCUAGGAUGGAGGCUGUCAAGACUAGGGGGCAUAUUUUUAAGGUUAAAAGAGAAAGAAUUUAAAAAGACAUGAGAGACCAUUUUUAUUUUACAGAGUUGUCCGUGUGUGGAAUGAACUUCCAGAGCAAGUGGUGGAUGCAGGGACAUUUACAACAUUUGAAAGAUGUUUGGAUAAGUACAUGGAUGAGAAAUGUUUGAAGGGAAAUGGCCCAAGCUUAGGAUCAUCAGCUUCCUUCCUCAUGAUGCAAACAUUCUUCCAACUUCCCUUGAAACCAUGAUGGCAACGCAGCCAAUUACCCUCGAUUCAUACCCAGAGCAGCCGGAUCCGUACCGGCUUGAAAGGAUAUUGGAGCAGGACGGGGAGGAUCCAGUUGUUGUGGUCCACGUUGGGACUAACAACAUAUACAAGAUGCCAGUCAUACCCCCAAUGUCCAGCAACGCUGAAGCAGGUCCAAGCUGCACAAAGUCGGACCCUGAUGCCUCAAGCCCUGUCCCUGCUGAGUGUCAGACAUCUAUGGAAGCUGACAAAGGAGCGAUUUACAGACAUCCUCUGUUUCCACUCUUGGCUCUCCUGUUUGAGAAAUGUGAGCAGUCGACACAAGGUUCUGAGUGCAUCACUUCGGCAAGCUUUGACGUAGAUAUUGAAAACUUUGUUCGCAAACAGGAAAAGGAAGGGAAGCCAUUUUUCAGUGAAGAUCCAGAAAUCGAUAACUUGAUGGUGAAAGCAAUCCAAGUGUUACGUAUUCAUCUGUUGGAGUUGGAGAAAGUUAAUGAUCUCUGCAAAGAUUUUUGCAACCGUUACAUUGCUUGUCUGAAAACUAAAAUGAACAGUGAAAACCUACUAAGCAGUGAUCCAGGAGGUCCUUAUGCAUCUGUUCAAACACAGCUUCCUGUACAGAACACAACCAUCACCACCUUACCUGGCACCAUCAGUCCUCAGGGUAUUGUCGUUCCUGCCUCAGCUUUGCAGCAGGGAAAUGUCACAGUGACGACAGUAAACCCUACUCAAGUUGUAACAGGUGGUGGGGCAGUUUAUCAGCCUGUUACUGUGGUUACACCUCAAGGCCAGGUAGUGACACAAACACAUGGCACAAUACGUAUCCAGAAUGCACAGCUUCAGCUGCAACUAAAUCAAGAUGUGAAUGUCUUGCAUCAAGACAGUGAGAAUUCUCCAAAAAAUAAACGUGGAGUCUUGCCAAAGCAAGCUACUAAUAUCAUGAGGUCCUGGCUAUUCCAGCACAUUGCGCAUCCUUACCCUACAGAAGAUGAGAAAAGGCAAAUAGCUGGUCAGACUAACCUCACCCUCCUCCAGGUCAACAACUGGUUUAUCAAUGCUCGCCGGCGGAUUUUGCAGCCCAUGCUCGAUGCCAGUAAUCCAGACACUCCACCCAAGGCCAAGAAAAUCAAGACACAAAGUCGCCCAGUGCAGCGAUUCUGGCCAGAUUCAAUUGCUGCAGGCGUAGCUCAGCAACACGUAACCAGUAUUACCGUAUCAGACAGUGCAAUGGUCUCAAUAUCAAGUCCAGUGAAUGUAAAUGUGGACAGUCUGCAGUCUUUGUCGUCUGAUGGAGCAACACUGGCUGUACAACAGGUUAUGAUGGCCGGACAAAGUGGAGAGGAUUCUGGCAACAGUGUCGAGGAAGACGACAGUGAUCUGUCUGCAACAAACAUUAGUGGCCUGGCCUUGGACAACAGCGACUCACUGCAGUAGGCCCAACACAGAGAGAAGCCAUGAGAAAUGGAAGAAGGACUGGCCAUGUAUUUUUAUUCUUUGCACUCAGUGCAUUUUAUUUGUGACGUAUUUUAUAUAUAGGUAGGAGAGCGCACUUUUCUAUCUCACCUUGUAUUCAAUGAAUGGGGCUUUAAAUACUCUCACAUUGAACUAGUUGUUUUAAUGUGGACAGACAGUAAACUUGUUUCACCGGAUCGAUGUGCAGACUGAAUCAGAAGUGUAUCAACUUCAUGUGUGAGUGGUCUGUUUUAUCCACUCAGAAAUAACUGGCCAUAAUUUAAAGGUGAUUUGAAGAAACUCUUUACCUAGUUCUCCAACUGACAAUAGAAUUAUUGGAUCAAAUCCUGCUUUUUUUUAUUUUGGUUGAUGAAUUUUAUUGUCAACAGCAUUUUGCAGCGAACACCAAGUUUAGUUUGUUUAAACUAUGGGUUUCAGUUUGAACUGAGCCCAACUUCAGGUAGGCACAAAAACAUCUUGUUUGGCUAGGAGUUAAUAUUUCAACAGUUUCCACUGACAGUGCCAGGUGGAGAUAAGUUCUGGUCAGAGUCUGGUGCUAAGUAGCUGUAAACUCUGUUCACAUUGUACAAUAAUGAAAAGAUAUGUUACUAAUGCAUUUUCUUUCAGUUUCCUGGGUUAGUACAGGAGCACAAUGAGCAAUCUUUGACUUUAAGGUUGGUCUGUCCACUUUUGUGCAGUUCCAAAUGAAGCAAAAGUUCAUAAUGUCUAUAUUUCCUCUUGCCUCAACUCUUUGUUGACUACCAGGACUGAAACAACUGGAGCUCCACAAUCUCGAUCGUUAAUGAAGGGAAGUGGGGAGGAGUGGGGAAGCAAAUCAUCUCCAUGUUCAUGGUACAUAUGCUAACUGGUCUGGUUUGGUGAUUCUACAGUGCGAGUACUGUAUAUGAAGCUGAUGUGUAACACACCCAAACUGUUUGAAAAGAGGCAUAGUGCAUACAGAAGGAGUAUCUCAUAUAUAUCAUGCAGAAUCCCAUCUAUGGCACGUCCCCUUUGCAUCAUUGACAGGAAGGCCAGUAUAAAGGCCAGCAUUAUUGGACGUGUUUGUUCUAUUCUGCUUCUUCCAGCUUUAGUAAUUUUAUUUGACCAACUCUAAAAUCCUGAUAUUUUGUCUGUCAUUAACAAAAAUAAUAAUGUAAACUUUGUAUACUUUAAACAUCCUGCUGGUAAUUGCUGUACCAUUGCAGUAAAACUGAGCAGUAAUCAUCUCCUUUCUAUAGCCUUUCCAUUUAGAUUGACCCUGCAUAGGCCGACAAUUUACUUAACUCAACCACAAAUAAAGUCCCACUCCAUUCUUCCAUUUGCCUGUUCUAUUUUACCUUGUUUUCUUGAAGUUCACAUAAGGGAUUACCCUGAUAAGUUGACAAUCAGUCUUUGUUCUGCCCUUACCUCACCAAUUCAAAAAGUUCCAUAUAUUUUAGCAUCUUUUUUCAACUUUUCCUACAAGAUUCAAAAUAACUGGGCCCAGCUUUUUACGGAUUUGGGCCGAAUCAGGAUCUGGAGCAGUUUUCAAAUGGCAGUGGGUAUCCAAAUAUGGAGCCCAGCCACAUUUUCAACAGAUUCCCUGUUUGCAACGGAAAAAGGGCAGGGUGUGAAUCCCCAAUUCAGCAGGGCCUUUUGAAACAUUGAUUAUGUCAAUGAAAUCUCUGUGGGCCCAGAGGUAUCGAUAUAAACAGGUAGGACCCAUAUUUGCUAUCUACUUUCCACUGCUUUUCACCCUGAAGACUUUGUCUGAUUCCAUAGCCUUCAGCCUCUCAAUUCUUUAGGUGAACCUAGAUGGAUGAAUUUCAAAAGCCUGUCUGCUGCUCAAGCCUGACCCCAGCCCAGGGCACUUAGGCGCCAGGUGAUUUCUGUCUUGUCAGAGUCAGCUGACAGUAUAUGUUAGAUUUGAACAUGUGAAUCCCUUGGCUCAAUACCAACAGUAUAUUUAAUCACUCAGCUAGAAGGGGCUCAUUUAAUUUUUAUUUGACUCAUUUAUAAAACAGAAAAUAAGUAUUAUACUAGUUUUAAAAUAUAUUCUUGUUAUGAUACUAUAAGCUAACUGCUGUUUUCACAGUGAGGGGUGUGUGUGUGUGUGUGUGUGUGUGAGAGAGAGAGAGAGAGACACUGAAUAUCCAUAUGUGACAGGCCAGGUGAGUCUGUCUGUUAUUCUAUAUUGAGUGUUAAUCCAUGGGCUUCCUCAAAAGCGUCUGGCACUAGGACACACCACCUUACCUAUGUCAUCGCACAUCCUACAUCACAUUUGCAGAAUUAGCACCACUAAUCAGCCUCCAACAUAAUGCCAGAAAACAGCUGCCAGGAAAAAAUGAGAAGCUCAACAAGUCCAUUUCUAGUUUUGAAAGGUGUGGACUAUCUGUUCAGAAACUGGUGCCCGCAGGCUGAACACUAAAUAUUUCUGAUUCUGACCAGAGAAAUAGGGCAUGAAGUGAACCAAUGUGCAUUGAAUACAGCCAUUCAAAGACUAAGUAACAAAUUCUUAGAAUUUUUCACACAGGGAGAGAAGCAGGGAGAAUACUGAAUCCACCAACUUAAAUCCUUAAUUGUGCCUUUUUGUGUAGUUAGUUCAGAACCAGGUGUACCCAGUGUAGCUGCUUGCUAUCAGGUGAUAAGCCUGGCUUACAUGAGGGAAUAUGGGAAAGAAUGCUUUCUUGGAGAUUUGUCUGGAUCUGUUUAACUACCAUUUAAUCUGCUUGUUAAGAAAGAAGACAUUUUUAAACCUGGAACCACCUUUCAGUCAUGUGUCUUCAGUGGCUAUCUUACGCUCCAGUGUUUUAAAAUGAGAUAACAUAGUGCUUGAAUAUUGCUGAAAAGUCACAUUUUUUUGAAGCUUUAUAUCUUGUCCUCAUCAGGACAAUUCGUAAGAAUAUCAAUUCCAGACAAAAACCAAUAUGUAUAGAUUUGGUGUCCAUUUGCCAACAGGUUAACCCUCUCCUCUCAUGCUAAAUGAUGUUCUUCUGCUUGAAUUUGGAUUCUUGCAAAAUUUCCUGGUGAUUGCAAGCUGAAAAGUUUCAACGAAAUGUAACUUUAUUAGUUGUACUAAAAUGACUACUCAUACAGUGUUUGUUAAUUCCUUACUUUGUUUAAUAUGAACACGAACACAGUGAAAGUUAACUGUUUAGGCUCACUUGUUAAAUCCCAAAACAAAAUAGAGGAUUGUGUAGGCUGCCUUGCAUGGAGUGAAGAAUGGUGUCAUAUUGUAUUAGUAUAUUCAGCCAAAGCAGUGUUGCAUGGUGAGUCUCAAUUCUGAUGAGGUGGUGAGAAUUGGCCCUUGUAAGUAAAGCUGUAAGUUUACGUUUCAAUGAGGGUUAAACAUUGUGCUUCAAUGGAUCAUGCUUGUGCAAUCAGUAACUGGUUUCAAAUUAUAGGUUAAUUAAUUAAUAAGUAAUCUGUGUAUUUAUUCAGGUCCACCUACCCCUGUUUUCUCUGAUUCACUGCCCAUUUCUUUACAUGACACAAAAGAAAGUCAGCCUUACAAACUAGCUUUAAGAAUUUGGGAUAACUCAAAGGUGCUUUUAGUAGCUCGUACGUAUUGUGAACAGGAGGACCUCAAAUUCGUACAGCAUUCAGUGCACUGCAGCUUGACCUUUUAAAACUGACCCAAACCAGAUGCUGAGCUGAGUUGAUUUUUGAUUAGCAUAAAAUCAAAACCAAAAUUCUCAAGAAGGAUUCAGGUUCUUUUCAACUCUGUGCUGGUCUGAUAAAUUCAUUUUUCAGCUGUCUGAGCUGCCCAGAGGGAGAGUUUCAGACUUGAACUGUAUCACAGUUACACAGGGAUAGUUUUAACAUUUGGACACUGUGCAAAGUGAUUUUAAAACCUUCCUCAGCUUUGGCAGAGGAAUAAAGCAGUUCUUCCCACACCUUCCAGUAAAUGCAUACUCAUUUAAACUCACUUGCAUACUCACAAACACAUUCACACAACUCAUGUACACACAGCCACAAGUGCAGACUCUCACAUGCACAUGCUAACACGCACGCUGUCACUCACACAAGCUUAGUGUUUUCCUGAGGUCAGAGGCACAUCAGAGCCAAGAACCAAAGCUGACUCUGUGGGCUGCCAGUGAUUGAUCAGACCUGUUGAGCAGCUGGCAGUAGAUGGACAAUCAGUGGGUUUGUGGGGUUAAUUUAUGUAAAUAUAUUAUUGAUGUUUUUUGUCAGUAAACAGUUUUCAUCUUUAAGGAAUCAUUGAAUAAAGACGAAUACUUGUAAUGGAAAGAGUAAAGGGAGAGACAGGAAGGGUUGAGAUGCUGGUGAGUGGAGAAGAGGACACUGGGGAAAGGGUAAGGAGGAAGAAAACAGGAAGCAGGGGAUGGGGGUAAAUAGCAGAGCUUGAAGGAGAUUAGACAAGGGCAGAGGAAGGUGAGAGCAGGAGGAUGCAAGGUUGGGGCCGAGGGCAUCUUCACCAAACUGAUGAUAAUUGUACACUUAUUCCCUUUAACCAUUAAGGGAAAUUUAAAUUAAAUGAGUUAUUUAUUUUUGGCAGCGUAUAAAACUCAUGAGCAAAACCCUUCCUCAGCUCUGUAUGAGUCACCGAUCAUCGUUGGCCACAUCCAUAGUGUCCUGAUGCCUGAAAAGUGUCUCCCCCUGCUGGGUCCUCUCGGUAACACCCAACUGACCAGCGUACAGAGGGCAGAACAGACCCUGAAAUGACACUGCAGUUUUCCCUGAAGUGUGGCAGUGUUGACAUUAAUAACUUGGAAGAGCUUGCUACCAAUCAAGUUAAAUCACACACUGAAUCCAAACAUCUAAUAAUGAGGCAGAGCAACAGCUGAGGAGGAAAAGAAAGAAUGAAAUCCGGAUCCCUCCAGUUCAGGGAACAUCCUGCCAAUCUGCCCAGAAAUCUGUGGGUCAGGAAUCAGCCUAUUCAGUCAGUCACUUGAACACCCAGAGCGGAAACUCACCAUCCUGAACAGAUAUCAGUCUUAAAUUGAAGAACUGCCAGCGCUGAUCGGGUUAGUUGCAGCUUGUAGCUUGACCUGACCUGGAUUGUGGCUUUGUUUUGGAUGUGAGAUCUUUGGAUAUAAUUCCUGUUGUAGAUUUAGAAUUGUAAGACAGUGGUAUACUGAUUUUAAGUAGAUCUGCUGAGUUAUCUGAGCAAGACUAGAUUGGCAGUGUAGCUAUAACUGAACUAAAGAGGAACAGUCAUCCAGGUUCCCACUACAAAUUUGCUGAGCAAUGACCCAUGCUGGCAGAAGAUGAAGUGUGGCUAGUGGAGAUAUAGGUUCAUUGGUGAUCCUCACUAAGCUGCGCACCUGCAGAGAUCUCAGAGCCUACUGCUUAGAGACAACGAAGCCACACAUGAGUAGCAGUGUUAAUGUGUGGCUGUCAGAAAAUUUUAGGAGAACUGCACAAUGCAAGAAAUGGGCUGUACCAUCAAAAGCUAUGAUUCCAAUCAUAUCUGCACUCUGACAACUACAGUCAGUCAUUAAAAAAAGUUUCUAUCUCAUUCAGAGAGACCUACCAGUGAGAAAGUUCAGCUCUCAGCCUUCUCUGUCAUUUGACAAGACCAUGACCUGAUCUGAUUGCGAUCUUAACCCCACGUUCCUGCAUACCCCCAACACCUGUUGAGUCUCUUGUUAGUCAAGAAUGUGUCUGCUACAGCCGUAAAAAUAUUCAGUAACCUCUUUCCUCCUCAUUCUAAAUACAGAUAACUACUCACUCUGAUCUACCUACAAAGAGUGACAGGACCCUCAUCUGCCUAAUCCUGUGUUCCCUGAGAGCCUGCAAUACAUGUUCUGUCAUUGUUUGUCCAUCAGGAAAAGUUUUAUCAACUUUUUUCUUACAUUUAAUGUAGUACAGAUUAUGACUUCACUACAAGCAGGACUUUAAUGUACACGAGCACUCCUGUGUGCAAUAAUAUGUUCAAAUAUUAGUUUUUAAACUUUUGAUCUGAUUUGUUUUACUUUUCGGCCCUUAGGGUCAAUACUAUUGACAGAAAGUGUUGCAAUCUGUGUAAAAACAAGAUUAUUGCAAAUUAUUUGCCCUGACCCUUGUGUUCUGUCCUUAAUAUGAUGAUCAUUGUGUUGAAGAUCAAACAGAGAGAAGUCCCCAGCAACCUGUGCAUUUACACACAGAGGAUUUAAUCAGCUUGGGGUUUUUUCCACUUGCAUCAGAUGUUGCAAGUCACAAAAAUAAGCUAGUUAGUUAUCUCAGGUCACUCAGAAUUUCGUGGCCAGACACACAAGAUCUCAGAAUGUUCAGUGGAGAAGAGAUCUUUCAAUUUAGUGUCAAUCAAUUGAUCAGUUUCCCAAGAGAAUGGCAAAUUGAAAAAAAAACUUCUGAUACAUCAGUUCUGAUUUGCAGUCCUAAAGAAAAUUUGGUCAAAUCAUGGAAUCCCUUCCCUAAACCCUAAAUACAGGUACUAAACAGAACAAGAAGAAAAAGUUGCAAACCAUUUGUGCCAUUUUGCCAUUUCCUGAUUUCCAUGCCUGCCAGCAACCCCCAGUCCCCCAUACUUUAUACAUUAGUUUUUACAAUUUCUUUAGUUUUUACCCCAUUACCUUUUCUCUCUAUUUCUCCUUCAGUGCUGUUCCUUUAUAAAAUCCUCCAAUUCUGCGAAAUAGUUAAUGGUUUUAAUUACUUCUUGAUGAAGGCUGCACACUGGCUCAUUUCUGCUUUUGACAAAACUUGAUUUUGACUUAUUGAGGCAUGAAACUAGUACAUAAUCUGUAAAUAUUCAGUAGUCAAUAAGCACCUAUGGAGACAUACAAACAGCUAAAGAAUUAGAAUUAAUGUAGAUAGCAGAAGUCUUGCCCAAUUAAAGUCCUUGUUGCCUUUUUCCUGAAUUAAGUUCCAACUGGACAGUAAUGGGCCUCCCCUGGAAUAUAGAUCCUCCCUAAUGACAGUAUCAACCAAUUAGACGUUGGCAUCAGGAAGAUAUUGGCUGCUGCCAGUAAUGCACUUCCCUGAAACCCAGGCCCUUACCAUAUCCCUAACCAUAGUGGAGUGAAGGCAUGGCUCCCAAGCCCUGGAUAACCCAAACCCUUAACACCACUGCCAAAAUUACCAGUGGUUCAGAUGAAUGAUCUUUCAUCAGAACUUUGCUUUUGAUCUAAAUUAUUAGGUCUCUAAUUAUUUGUGCUUUGACCAUAAAGGAGAAAUGUGAAGGAUUAUAGAGAAAGAACAGGUUGUGCUGAAUGGCUGUUUGAAUGAGCCAAUGCUGGUGAACUUUGCUGUGAAUAGUUUGCCAUGUGAGUCCAUGCUGUGAAAUCUUCACACUUUCUGCCCUCACUCUCCCCAGUUUCAACACCUCUUCUCUUUCUCAUCCCUCCCUGAGUUUGUUAGCUUCUCAUUAUUCAGAAUCUCAGCAAUGCCCUUCCUAGACUCUUUCUUACCCCAGUUCCAGACUUCUAUAAUCUUGUGAUAUUGAAUCUAUCCAGUACUCCACUGACACUCACCAACCUAUCAAUAUAAAUAUGUUUUUAUGAAUUCUGCUUAAGUUGGGGAAUUUGCUUUGGAUAAAAAUGUAUUUUUGUAUGGAGGCAAUUGUAUUUACUAUAAAGAUUUGAAGAAUUUAUUAAGAGAAAUAAUUUAGUGUUGAGUUUCCUGCAUGUGUUAGCGUUGACGAACCAGUGUGAGAACGUUGAACAUUUCCACUGUGCUCAGUAGAACCGAAGCUUUGCAUCUUUAGCUGUAACAUUACAUUUUAUUCUAGUCUCUUUUUCAGCAAAAGAUAUACAAAAAAUAAAAACCUUUUUAACUUUUGAAA